AUGGCCAAGAGAAGUACUAAUUUUUCAUCAGACGAAGUCGAGUUGCUGAAAACAUUGGUACAUAAACGAUGGGACAAAAUUGAGUGCAAAAAAUCGGAUUCAUUAACAUGGAAACAAAAGCAGUUUAGUUGGGAAGACUUAAGUAAAGAAUAUAAUUGCAACAGCAUAUCUCUUGAACACCGUCCAGCGAAUAUAUUAAAAAAGAAAUGGGAUAAUAUAAAAAAAACACUAAAACAAAAAGUGACUGCUGAAAAAUCCUAUAUUAAAGGAACUGGUGGUGGACCACCCAAAAAUGUAUCGGUUUAUAGUGUAUCCGAAAUGGAAACACUUGAUCUUCUUACCACUCAAGCAACCUAUAGCUUGUAA